UUUUUAUUUUUGUCAAUUACGGGUUCGACAGUAUUUCGCUAUAAAAGAUACUGCCAAAAAUGGUGAAGUCAAGUUUACGACACGAUUUCAAACAGUUCACACCCUGCUCUGAGUAGCUGUGCUCGUUAUAGAUAAAAGUAAUAUCCAAGAUGUUCAAACUCGUUGCUUUGUUUGCUCUGGUCGCCGUUGCAUCGGCCGCUGUUAUUGAUAAGGAGAAGAAAGAUGUUAUCCCGAUCCUGAAAUCAGAUUCAGAGGUGAAGGAAGAUGGAUCCUACUUGUUCAGCUACGAAGGUGGUGAUGGAACCGUUCGUGAGGAAAAGGGAUCUGUUGUCAAUCCUGGAGAUGAAAAGUCAUACGUUGCUAUGGUAGGAAGCUACCGGUACAUCGAUGCUGACGGACAAACUGUUGAAGUUCACUACACUGCCGAUGAACAUGGUUUCGUUCCAACUGGAACCAUCAUCCACGAAGCUGUCGCCAAUGCUGCUAAGAUCGUUUCACUUAACCCUAAGGUAGAGGAAUAAGCUUUUGUGUAAUUAUGUGAGUGUAAAUAAAGUGUGCAGAUAGAAA